AUGCAUUUUUUUUUAAGGAGAGAGACUGAUCCAAUACGCCACCGAGAACCUGGUGACCGAGAUCCUGAUCCAGCCUCAGACCAAUACCCUGGUGCAAUGUAUGCGCAAUCUGCUGUCCAGCUUCACCAGACACAGGCACAUAGUGCAUGCAGGAUACGCCUUCCAGGGGAACGGCAGCUGGAUAUUACAGGCUUUUUGUCAUGGGACUCAUCAAAAUGCCACGUGGAUUUAGAAGAGGAACUGUCGGCUUUGACUCAGCAGGCACCACAAGGAGAAGAGGCCAGACAUGGAGAGAGACUGAUCCAAUACGCCACCGAGAACCUGGUGACCGAGAUCCUGAUCCAGCCUCAGACCAAUACCCUGGUGCAAUGUAUGCGCAAUCUGCUGUCCAGCUUCACCAGACACAGGCACAUAGUGCAUGCAGGAUACGCCUUCCAGGGGAACGGCAGCUGGAUAUUACAGGAUGGUACUUUCUCGUUAAGCGAUUUUUCCGAGGCUUUCCAAGACGGAGAUGUGCAAAGGGUGCUCCGGGCCUACCCCGAUACUGUCAGCGUCGAUUUGCACUGCGCUUCUGCAGGCGGCUGGAGCAGUCUCUCCGAUAAACCCUUUGCUAAGGGUUGUCAACUAAGGGUCAACCCUAAUGAUGUUCUAACCAGCGGCAGCGCCAAAAUCAAUGCAUUUAUUGAUUAUCUGUCGCCCAUGUUGAUUCCGACGGAGUUGCACACUUUGCUCGAAUCUUCGGAUGUGGUUGGAAAUAUUCGGUUUAGUCAUCCGACUUUGUAUGUUUUCCCUGGAGGACAAGGUGAUGCUGCACUUUUUGGAAUCAAUGGCUUUAAUAUGUUGGUCGAUGGUGGUUUUGCCCGAAAAGCUUGCUUCUGGGACUUCGCCCGUCACCUGGAUCGCCUCGACGCCGUUCUGAUGACUAGGCUAAAUAAUUCAAAUGCCCUCGGCUUGUCUUCCGUCAUCAAUAGAAAAAAAUCAGCACUAGUCUACCCUCAGAUCGGACAUUUCUUCUGCAACCUGCAGGACAAAAAAAGUCCUCAAAGCCCUGAUGGCGACAAAGACCGCGAUCCGUUGAUGUUGGAUUUGUUGGAGCAAGGCCAGAAUAUUUUGACUGAUUUGAAAUGCUUGAAUUUGAAACCUCAAGCUUGUUACAAAGACUCGGAACCUAUUAACUUGUACCAUAAAGUUGGACAUGGUACUCUCGAUAUGUACGUUCUAAGUCCCUCAAAGGAUUCCAAAGAAGUCAGAGAAUUUCUCUCAAAGUGGAACAACAACGAUUCUAAAUUAUUUGCUCCUAAAAAAGAUGCCAAAGAAUUCAGUUUUCCUAUCCAGAAUUUGAUUUCCAUUUGCGCGUUGCUCGUAUGGAAACCUGCAAAUCCUGCUGACAACAUAACCAGAAUUUUAUUCCCUGGUAGUACACCAGAACAUAAAAUAUUUGAAGGUCUGGAUAAAAUCAAACACUUGGAAUUCAUGAAAUAUCCAGUAUGUAGUGCCAAAUCUUUAAGUCCUGCCGGAUCGAUAAUAGGUUUGGCUAAACAAAAAAUAAAGUCUGCAGCACCUUUGAUAGAUAAAAUCAUUCCAGAAGCGCCGCUGAAAUCUAAACUUAUCGAAAAAGACAAUAAAAUUGCUGAUGAUAUUAAAAAAUCUGAGAAUGAUAUAGAUGCUAACAAACAGUUAGAUGCUAGCAGUCCGGCAGAAGUUAAAGAGGAAAUUAAACUACAUAAAAUUUCUAAUAUGAAUUCUAAACCUAAACCCAUUAAAAAACCUGAAGCCAAGAAGAUCGAACUGACGAAAGUUAAUGACGCUGAUAAAGUGAAUGAAAGUGAUAAGGUAACUAGUAAGAAAGAUAAUAAAGAUGAGACUGAUACUAAACAACCCAAACCUAAACCAAAGAUUGAACAUAAAUCUAAAAUAGACACGAAAGCUGCUCCCAAACCUAGAACUGAAACCAAGACUGCUAAAUCCAUAGAUAGAAAACCACUAGCUCCUAAAGUCGAAAAGAAGCCAGAACCUGUUAAAUCGACACCAACAACCCCCAAGAAGACUGUAGAAAACGGCAAGCCUGUAUUAAACGGAGUUGCUAAAGAUAAAGAAAUAGCCAAGACCAAACCAGCUCCUAGAGUACCAUCAAAAGUCACUUCCACAGCUCCACCUGCUAAAAGUGCUAAGGAAGCCAACAAUCGUAAAGUCGUCGAAUCUAAAAUUAAAUCCACGAAGAAAGAGCCAGUGGAAAAGAAACCUAUUGAGAAAAAAGAAGCAGUCAAAGUUGAACGCAAACCAAUUUCAAGGAGACCAAAAGCAGCUUCACCAUCCAGCGUUAUCAAAACCACAGGAAGUCCAGCAAAAUCCGCAAAGUCUACACCAUCAGCAUCAGUCAAAUCUGAUAAAGACGGUGUUAUUGCACCUGGUAAACAAGAAAAAGAAAGUACUACUGAAUCUAGUCCUGUAUCCACUCCAAGUGUCGAUCAAGAAACCACAAGAAAAUUAGUACAAGGUUUGUCAGCAGUGCCGUUGGAUGAAGCCAAGUUGCAAGAAUUGGAAGAUUUGAAGGAAGAACAAGAGGUUGUACGAGAAAUUGAGGCUGUUUUCCAACGUGACAAUGAUGCCGAAGCCAAAAUUGAUCAUUCCGAUGCUGAGAUAAGUAAAGUCACAGAUGACUCUAAGGUUAACACUACAGACGUCGAAGAGGAUGAGGAGUAUAUUAUUAUUGAAAAAGAAGAAAUUGAGCAGUUCACGGAAGAUUCGAUAAACGAACAAGAAAGUUUGACGAAGGAAGAGGAAAUUCAGAAGCACCAACGCGAUUCUGAAGAGUCGGAGAAGAAACGUAGAGAAAGUUUGGAGAAUGCAUCUGAAGACGUGAAACAAGAUGAUGAUGUUAAAGAUACUGUUGAAGAUACUGAGCAGCUUACUGUUGAAGAACAAAUUGAUAAAGACUCAUUGGCUGAGCCUGUAGUUGAAACUAAAGUUGUGGAGGAUACUUUACCUGAAAAGGAAGUCCUGAAAGACUUGCCUUCGGCUUCACCAGAAGCUAAACACGUCGAUGCAGCUGAACCAGAAGUUGUUCCUGUUGAACCAAAAGAUAUUGAAGUACCCAAAGACGAUCAUGAACAAGCAGUUGUUGUCGAAGAACCCGCCAAGGAACAAAUAAGUGUGAGCCCUGAUGACAAACUUGACAUCACAAGUAGCAAAAAAAUUGACGACAAAGAAGAAUCUAAACUCACAGAAGAUUUACAACCAGAAGAAAUCCAAAAAGAGCACUUACAAGAAAGCCAACCGGAUGAAAAAAUAUCCACAACCAUCGAAUCCGGAGCAACGACAGCCCCAACAUUACCCGAAGACGAACGUAUUCCCUUGGACGAAAUAAAAGAAGACCAAGUCAUCGAGGAAAAAUACAUCAAGGAAGAAACCAAAGAAGUCGAAGCUGUCCCAAGCACCUUGCCAACAAAUCUUGAACCUCUGGAAGACAAGGGCGAUGUUCAAGUAUUCCCUCAUAAUGGUCAUUUACGAGACGUUGUCAAAACACCAGACGAAGUCGCCGAUUUGCCGAUGCAUGAGGAAGUUGAUUAUGGAAUGUAUGAUGAUUUUCCGGGUUCUAAAAAGAAAAAGGAUGAAGGUGUGCAUGAAGACAAACCACUUAAGAGACGUUAUUCGGAUGAAAAAGAUAAAGACGAGGCUGAGCAAGAAAAACUAGACCAGGUGGACGAUAAACUUGAUAAUACAGUUGAAGUGAAAUCAAACGAUGCGGUUAAACCAAUUGAAACGAUUGUUGAUAAAGAUAACACAGCAGUUGUAGAGGAAGUUGAAGCACCAAAAGACGUUACUACAGAUCAGUUUAUUCCUGAUGAAUUUAACAAAACACUUGAUGGUACAUCAGUAGAUCAAAAAGUCGAUGGCUUUAAAGUUCCAGAUAUGUCUUCACCGGUGGAUCAAAAACCCAUUGAUGGAACUUUAGUAGAUCAAAAUGUUGCUGGCUUUAAAAUUCCAGAUAUGUCUUCACCGUUGGACGAUAUUGUUGACAUCAGUAGAUUACCAGAUAUGUCUUCACCGGUUGAUGAGGUCAUUGAUGCUCCGAAAUCAACAAUUGUUUUAGAAUCACAACCAGAAACUAAGGUUGAUGCAGCAAAAAUUCCAGAUAUGUCUUCGCCCAUUGAUGAAAUCAUCGAAGCUCCUAAAUCAACAGCACCAUUAGAUGUACAACCAGAAGUUAAAGAAGAUGUAGUAACUGGAUUACCGAAAGUACCAGAUAUGUCUUCGCCCAUUGAUGAAAUUAUUGAAGCUCCUAAAUCGGCAGCUUCAUUAGAUGCUCAGCCAGAAGUUAAAUUAGAUGAAAUUACAGGAUUACCAAAAGUACCAGAUAUGUCUUCGCCCAUUGAUGAAAUCAUCGAAGCUCCUAAAUCAGCAGCUCCUUUAGAUGCCCAGCCAGAAGUCAAAGUAGAUGGAAUUACAGGAUUACCAAAAGUACCAGAUAUGUCUUCACCAGUUGACGAGGUCAUUGAUGCUCCUAAAUCAACAGUUGUUUUAGAAUCGCAACCAGAAACUAAGGUUGGUGCAGCAAAAAUUCCAGAUAUGUCAUCGCCGAUUGAUGAAAUCAUCGAAGCUCCUAAAACUGCUGCUCCAUUAGAUGCACAGCCAGAUGUCAAAGUAGAUGAAGUGACAGGAUUACCAAAAGUACCAGAUAUGUCUUCUCCAAUCGAUGAAGUUAUUGAAGCUCCCAAAACUGCUGCUGCUUUAGACACUAAACCAACAGAUGUCUCAGAAGUGGUUGAAGCUCCUAAGAUACCUGAUAUGUCUUCACCAGUUGAUGAAAUAAUUGAAGCUACCAAAGCAACAUUAUCUUCAGAUACAAAAGUAGAUCAAGAAGCACCAGAUACAAAAGUAAAUCAAGAAGCUGAACAGAAGGAUCAGGACAAAUUAGAAGACAAAUUUGAUAAAGAUGAUUUGAAAGAACCAGGACUUUUAGAGCAAGUGAAAGAUGAAAUCAAAACAGAAACUGAGCAAAGCAAAGAGAAACCAGCAGAUAUUCUUGAAGCAGUAGAUGACAAAGCAAAAGUUUCUGAACCAGAAACUACUAUUGAAGCUGCAGAUACUAAAGAAGAAGCACCACAAAAACCUUUUGAAGCAGUUUGUGAACUACCUGUUGCUGAUCUAAGUAAAGCCUUAGUAUCAGAUGAACCAGUAGAAGAUAAAAUUACUGAUGACAAAGCUCAGCCAUUAUUACCAUCUGACAAAUUAGAAGAAACCCAAACGAAAAUUGACUCUGUCACAGAUAAAAUUGAAUCUUUAGAAAAGGAUACGAAAGAUGAGAUACAAGAUUUUGUUUCAAAAGUAGACGACAUGAAAGAUGACAUUCAAAAAUUGGAAUUAGAAGCAGGUGAUAAAUUUGAGGGCACUCAAGUGCUUGACACAAAGGUUGAUGAUAUCGUAGAAAAAUUGGAAGAGUCUACGAUAAAAGAUGAACCCAAAAAUGAUGUCCAAAAAGAUAAAAUUGAUGAACAUGAAGUGAAAGAUCUCGCAGGAAAAGAACAAAGUCUAGAGCCUGAGGCAAAACAUGAUGAUAGCAAAGAUCAGAAGCAGGAAGUUACUCCAAAAGAUGCAAUUGUACCAGAAAUUAGCAAAGAUGAUAAAGAAGUCGAAUUUGAUCAAAAGCAUGAUGUUACCCAGGAUGCUACAAAAGACAAUUUACCUGAAAGCAUCAAGCUAGAAGAUAAAAUCGAUCAAUUGGAUGAGAAAAAGGAUGAAGUGACUGGCAAGUUACCAGAAAUUUUGCCUGAGACCAAAACAACUGACGAAGCUACAAAAGAGUCCUUGGAUUCAAUUCCUGAAUCAAAACCAAGUGAUUUGGCAAUGAAAGAAGAUUUGCAGAAAGAAGAUAUUGUUCAAAAGGAUGAAAUUAAAGAUAUACCAACAACAGAUGAACAUGGAAUUGAGGAUGACAAAUUGAAGAGUGAUGUGAUGGCACAAACUUUUGAUGAUAAGCCCGCUGAAGAAAUAAAAGAUUCGCAGAAAGAAAGUUUGCAAAAGGAAGCUGCACCAAUAGACACGGUCACAAAAGAAGACAAACUUGAUAUUGAUGCACCACAAAAACUUGAUACAGGCAAAAAGGUUUUGCCCGACAUGUCAUCACCCAAAGACGACUUUGUAUCAGAUAUGGAGUCACAAAUUGUGAAAGACUUAGAUGAAGUAAAACUAGCAGAGAUUCCUAGUCAAGAAAAAACUUCAGUUACAAUUGAUGACAAGAAGCCUUCACUAGAUAAUUUAGUAUCAGGUCUUGAUGAAACAACGAUUCCUGAAGUAUCCACACCAACCACGACACCAGUAAAGGAAGACAAAUCGUCUGAAGAAAUGGCAAAAGAAGUAGGCGUAGAAAUUGAGAAGAAAUUGGAUGAAUUGGCAAGUCUUAGUGAAAGCGAUGACCAUAAACUGAAUCUAAUAAAAUCUGAACCAAAAGACGUUGAUGACCACACGAAACCUACAGAAGAUAAACCUCUUCAGAACGGCGACGUUAAAAUUUCUGAUGAGCCUGUUGUGUCAAAACAUGAAAUUCUUGAAGAAGUUAUAAUUGUAAAGAAGAUUAAGGAAUUAGGACCUGAAUUGGAUAUGAAAGAUGAAGCAAUUAAGGAUGAAAAAUCAGCAGAUGUUAUCGACAAGCCCGAAGAUGUGCCUGUAGAUUUUGGUAAACAAGAAUUCAAAGAUCAUGGUAUUACGCUUCCGGAUCUUAAAGAUCCCCUUUUGAUUGAGAGCAUGGUAGAUGAUUUGUCAAAGAAUGAUAUAUCUGAAGACUUAACCAGGAGUGUUGAAGAUUUAAAAGACGACGUAAUGGAUAUUGUCAAUGAUUUAGCGAAAGAUGCCGAACAAACUGUGGAACAAAUAGAAGAAAGCGCCAUGGAAAAAUUACAAUCCGUCUCAGAAAGUUACAAAGACAAUAUCGAAAAAUUCGAUUCCAGUCUAAAUGAAAAAUUGGACAAGAGUGACAAGUUGAUGCAAGAAAUCGUGGAAAAAUGUGACUUUACCUCAAAGGCUCCUUUAGAUUUCCAACCAUUCGAAGUCAAGUCUUACACUACAGAGCUCAGAGAAACCCAUAUCACUACUUUAGAUUCCCCAAUACAAAAUAACAAAGUGAUUGUGGAAAUUUCUGAACAAAUAGAAAAAAUGCCAGCGUCUCACAUCACCGGCUCAUUCCUAGAUAACGAACGUAAAUUUUACGUAGCAGAUGAUAAAAAUCAGUAUCCAGAUUUUGAUGGUGAAUCCGAUAAAAAUAAUGUAGUUUUAGAUCCUGUUCAAAGAACGUCUUCUCCAUUUGUGAUCAAAAGUGAAGAAGAGGUUAUCAAAAUUGUAGCAAACGUGGCAGAAGUACUUAAAUCCGAUAAGUUGUUAGAAGAAAUAAUACCUGAUGUUGAUAAAAAGUUUGCAUCACCUUUUGGAUCACCUUCUGUCUCCAGGGAAAAGACACCAGAACCAGAUGCCAAAGUCCAGUCUUCCACUGUUCCUGAUACUUUCGACUUUGCCAAGGAGGAUGAAGUUGAUUUCUUUGAAAAAUCAUCAAGUAUAAAAGAUGAUGGUGUUAUCAAGAAAUCUGAAAAAGCUCCAAUGACUACGAGUGAUGAAAAGAUUAAAACUGACGAUGCCAGCAAAGACUUAGAUGAUAAACUUCAAAGUGAUUCAGCAAAACCAAGUCAAGCCGAAGACAAGGAGUUAGAUGUCAUAAAAGUUGAUAGUCGGUCAACAAGUGGCAAAACCACGCCAGAUAUUAAAAUCGAUGAAGACAAAACAAACGAAGACUUGGUUGAAACCAAAAGUUUAUCUGGAAAAUCCACGCCAGAUUUGAAAAUCGACACAUCCCACGACUUUGGAAUAAAAGUCGAUGGAAAACAAUCACCUACACAGCUUUCACCACCAAGAGAAAUCUUGUGCGAAAAUAUUUCUGGUCGCAGUACACCCGAUAUUAAAGUUACAUAUGAUGAAACAGAAAUAGAAAAGGAUGAACCUGUUGGCAAAGAAUCAUCUGGACGGUCAAGUCCGGUAAAAUCGGGACGAUCCACACCUGAAAUCAAAAUAUCUGAUUAUGAAGAUGAUAAGAAGUUUGACUCGGCUGCUUUGUCUAAGAUAUGUGAAGAUGAUGACAAAGUGGGAGAUGAUAAAAGUGGAAAAUCUACACCUGACGUUCUUGAUAAACAUACUGAGGAUCCAAAGUCUUCUGAUAUGGAUCAAUUAGAAUGUAAACUAGAUGAUACCAAAGGUGGUAAAAUUACACCACCAACAGCUCCACUUAGCCCAGCGAUAAAAGAUGACACAAAGCCUGCAUCAGAAGAAAUUAAAUCAGAUUUGCACAUGGAUCAAUCACAACCAGAAAAGGAUGCAUCAGGAAAAUCGAGUCCUGUCCUCAUAGCUUCUACUCACGGCAGCUCUGAAAAUAUCACAAAAUCAGCAACAUCAUCCUUGGAACAUAGUUCUACAACCGGUAUCCCAACACCAGAUAUGAGUUCGUCUCCGAAACCCACAUCACCGUUCCCCAAAGGUUUAGCAUCGAGUAAAGAUGAAAUUGUUUUAUCUGGUAAAUCGACGCCAGAAUUAGGGCAACAUUUGGAUAAACCCAGUUCUGGUAAAUCUUCACCCAAACCUGAUGAUGUAAGUGAUGAGGAAAAGUUUACGUCACCCUUAAGUGCUAGUAGAGAAGACUUGAAAGCUACAGGACAACAAGUAAUUGUGACUGAAGUGAUUAAGACAACUAUAAUCACAGAUGAGCCCAAGCAAACAGAUAUUUCAUUGUCUGAUAGCAACGAUGAUAAAUUAUAUAGCGACGAUGAAAUUCCAGAAUCGCCAGCGAGUAUUAGUUCACAAAUUGCGCAUUCCCAAGAUUCAUUUAGAUACGAAGGUGCAAUGAUUGAUACUCGUAAACAUUUGGACUCGUCGGAUGAAUAUGAUGCUGCCAAGUUUUCACCAAAAAUGGAUCCUAUGAGCACGUCGUUUUAUGGAGAACUUCCUACGACGACUGUAAAAACCGAACCAAUUGCAAUAACCACAACGAAACGUACCGAAACUGACAUAUUGGAACCAGGACAUAGAUUUUUAGAAGAAGCUGAUAUGGAAUUUGAAAAAGCUCUAGAAGAGCACAGGCAUUUGCGUGGAACCGAAUUGAUGUCAGCAAUAACUUCUAAAUACGAGUUCUCGCCUAGUGGUUUUGCAAGUCCUGGAGCUGAAGGUUUUCUGAACGGAAAAUUACUAGAUGAAGCCAGUGCUGAGUUUAAACUCAAAGAUGUAACGACAAAACCCAAAGACAGCACCGAAUCAAACGGCUUUUUACCAGAACACCAGGCAGAUUCUGGUGAAGAAGAAGUACCCAAGGACUUCGAUCCGUUAUCAGCAUGGGGUAAACCUUUAGGGCUACCAAGUCCUGCACCACCUCCGACAGUAGACAGCAACAUGAAGACAACGCCUAAGAAGGAAAAGAAAAAUAUCACAGCUAAAAUCAAACUGAUAAAUGAAAAGAAUCUAUCGAAGGAUAUCAGGAGGAGAUCAGAAUCGCCUCAUAAAGGCGGCAAAAAAAUAAAUCCAGUGUAUAUUGAUUUAUCGUACGUACCUCAUCAUGGAAAUUCAUACUAUUGUCAUGUGGACUUCUUCAAAAGGGUUCGAGCCAGGUACUAUGUGUUCUCAGGCACUGAACCGAGCAAAGACGUCUAUAACGCGCUUUUAGAGGCCAAACAAACGUGGGAGGAUAAAGACUUAGAGGUGACCAUUAUCCCAACAUACGACACGGACGUGCUCGGUUAUUGGGUGUCGGAGAAUGAAGAUCUGCUUGUUAAAAAUAGGAUAGAUCUUUCGCCUUCGGCUUCCAGAUGCACCAUCAACCUGCAAGAUCACGAGACAUCGUGUUCGGCUUAUCGCCUCGAAUUCUAGGUGUCGGGCACGCUUGUGGCUUUCUCAAC